AUGCUGGCAGAACCGGUCCCAGAUGCUCCGGAACAAGAGCAGUUCGGAGCAGUGAAGCUGGAGGAGGAGGACUUGCCCGUCGAGGACGCUGUGCGGGCAGAGGCCAGGCCUCGGCCUGAGGUGGCCCACCAGCUCUUUAGAUGCUUCCAGUACCAGGAAGAUAUGGGGCCGCGAGCAUCCCUGGGCCGGCUCCGGGAACUCUGCAACCACUGGCUGCGGCCGGCGCUGCACACCAAGAAGCAGAUUCUGGAGCUGCUGGUGCUGGAGCAGUUCCUGAGCGUCCUGCCCCCGCACGUGCUCAGCCGACUGCAGGGCCAGGCGCUCAGGGAUGGAGAGGAGGUGGUACAGCUGCUGGAGGGCGUGCCCAGAGACUCCAGCCACGUGGGGCCACUGGAUUUUAGCUUCAGUGCUGGCAAGAGUGCCCCUGCAGACAUCAUCUCGGAGGGACAGGAUAUCCCUUCCCAGGCCUCCAACCACAGCCCCAAAAGGGAGCUGCCCUCAGAGGAGACUCCAGCCCUGCAUCCAUUGAAUGAAUUACCCCCAUCUCAGCCACUGCCCACCAAGCCUGCUGAACCUGAGGAGUGGAAACUUGCCCCAAGUUCAAACUGGCCAGUGAGCCCAGAGCCCCAGAGGAUGCUCCAGGACCCACAAGAAAGCCACCCCUCCCAGGGCCCCUCAUGGCUUGAGGAGAAUUCCAGAGACCAAGAGCUGGCGGCUGUGUUGGAGUCCCUUACCUUUGAGGAUACCUCAGAGAAGAAAGCUUGGCCUGCAAACCCUCUUGGAUUUAGGAGCAGAAUGCCUGACAAGGAGGAUCUUAAAGUUGAAGAACCUAAAGAGAAUAUUUGGCCUGUCAUCAUUUUAUCAGAGUCCCAGACAGAGGACCCUGGAGUCACAGCAGAGCCUCCUUCCCAGACACUAGGGCAGGAGGCAAAUGGUGCUGGUGGAGGAGGGGCCCAUGCUGACAGCAGUGAGGUUGUGGACGGCAGAGCACACCAGCUACAGUCUCACUCGGGCUCUGGACCUCAGCCAGUCUCUCGUUCCUUCCGGUGUCUGUGGUGCGGGAAGACUUUUGGGCGCAGCUCCAUCCUCAAGCUGCACGUGCGCAUACACACAGAUGAGCGGCCACACGCCUGUCACCUCUGCAGCCACCGCUUCCGCCAGAGCUCACACCUGGCGAAGCACUUGCUCACGCAUUCCUCUGAGCCUGCCUUCAGAUGUGCUGAGUGUGACGAGGGCUUCCAGCGUCGCUCCAACCUCAUGAAGCACCUGCUGGCACAUGCCCAGGACCAAAAUCCCACGCCAGACCCAGAAGGCAAAACGAAAGUGCCAGAGAAGGCUGUUGUCCUCUGUCCCCAAUGUGGGCAGACCUUCCAACGGCGCUCCAGUUUAAAGCGUCACCUGCGCAUCCAUGCAAAAGGCAAGGACCGUCAGUCCUCGGAAGACCCUAGCAGCCUUAGCUCUCGCCAGGAGAGCAAGCCCUAUGUGUGCGGUGACUGUGGCAAGGCCUUCCGACGAAGCGAGCACCUAAUGGCCCACAAGCGAGUCCAUACCGGCGAACGACCCUUUUCCUGCCAGGCCUGUGGCCGCUGCUUCACCCAAAGUUCCCAGCUGAUCAACCACCAGCAGGUGCACACAGGUGAGAAGCCUCAUGCCUGUCCCCAGUGCAGCAAACGCUUUGUGAGACGCACCGGUCUUGCUCGCCAUCUGUUGACCCACGGUGGCCUCCGGCCUUACCACUGUGCCCAAUGUGGCAAAAGCUUCAGCCAAAUGCAAGACCUGACUCGCCACCUGCUCAGCCACACAGGAGAGAAGCCCUGCCGAUGCAGUGAGUGCGGAGAGAGGUUCAGCCAGAGUGCCCACCUGGCACGCCACCAGCGCAUCCACACGGGGGAGAAGCCUCACGCCUGUGACACCUGUGGUCACCGCUUCCGCAACAGCUCCAACUUGGCCCGCCACCGCCGCAGCCACACGGGCGAACGGCCCUACAGCUGCCCAACCUGCGGCCGCAGUUUCCGGCGCAAUGCACACCUGCAGCGCCACCUGGUCACACACACCGCCUCCAGGCAGGAGAUGGAAGACCCCCAGGAGUGCCCCGAGUGUGGCAAGAGCUUCAGUCGCAGCUGCAACCUUCUGCGCCAUCUGCUGGUUCACACGGGCGCGAGGCCUUACUCCUGUGUGCUGUGCGGCCGGGGCUUCAGCCGCAAUUCACACCUGCUGCGCCACCUGAGAACUCACGCCCGGGAGACGCUGUAUUAG